UGUCGCGUGAAUGUAUUUCGUAGUUUUUUAUUUUGUAUUGGCUCGCUCAGAGAAGGCGAAAUUGUAAACUUUAGUACUUUAAUUGACUUUGUGAGUUUUGAUUCAAUUAAUUUAUCGAUCGAACUGCAAUCAGAUGUUUUAUAUCAGAAAUCAAGUGCAAAUGUUAUAAAAAGGUUAAUUAAAAUUGUGGUCAUAUUAAUCGAUUCAUUUCAGGCUGAUUCAAGUAGCCUGAGUAAUUAGAAGGCGAUUUCUUCUUGAGCUCAUCGUCAAACGACGUCGACUACGACGACAACAGCAACCACGCCGAGUAACAUUCACAAUCGCAUGCCAUUUAAUGAGUCGUUCUCUUCACACUUUUUCACCACCACCGAUCGAUGGAAAUACACAUGGAAAAUCUAUACUAGCGCUAAAAUGAGCGAUCGUUUUGAGUUGAUUCAAUAGAACGACGGUUGUUGAGACUAAACACCACAGACAUAUAAUAAUAGUGAAUUUUGUGGUCAAUUCGAAUGUGAAUUUAAACACAAUUGGACAUUUGUAAAAUGAUUAGCAGUAUCAGUCCGAACCACGGUGUUGAUAGUUAUUCGGUGUCGUAUGCUCAGUUCAAUAAUAACGAGUACUUAAAUGACAAGAAUCUGAAUUCGGUGCAAAGUGAUCAUUUGCAGCGCAUAACAAAAAAAUUCAGUGAACUGGGAAGCAAAAUGGGGCCAAGUGAUAUUAAUUGCGAUUCAAUGGUGGUUGCAACGCGUAAUGAUUGGUCUCCGGAUACGGCAAAUAAAAUGACAAAUGACGAACGAUUGAGCCCAAGUACUGAAGAUUCUGAUUCAAGCGGAUCAUUCAAGCAUGGCAUUGAUCAUGCUGCAACGUUGAUUGAUAAAAACGACGAAAAACCAUUGCCUGAUCAUCAUGCGCGGCGACCAAUGAAUGCUUUUCUGAUUUUUUGCAAACGACACCGGGCAAUUGUCCGCGAACGAUACCCAAACUUGGAAAAUCGGGCAAUUACCAAGAUUCUAGGAGAUUGGUGGGCUAACUUGGACGAAACCGAGAAAAGCAGUUACACCAAUUUGGCCAAAGAAUACAAAGAUGCUUUUUUCAAUGCAAAUCCGGAUUUUAAAUGGUAUAAAUUACCAGCACCACCAAUUCGUACUGGUUACCAACGAAUGUGUAGCAAUGAUCGUCAGAGCAGUUUUUCGGAUGAAAAUGGUUCCGAGUGUGACAUAUUGUCGGCAAAAAUUCCAAAGCGACAUGAAAACUCAACGGUUACCACAUUCAAACUGGCUGAUGAAGCACAAAUGGGCGGUUUAAGCAGUUUAAUGGUAUCAAAUGAAAAUGGAAACGGAAAAUGUGCAAACAAUAACGACGACAAAUUCAUCACUAACAACAUGAAAAUUGGUGAUGGUGACGCUGAAAAGGACGGCGAUAUUUCUGAUUUAAAGGAUGAGUUGCAUCGUGUGUUGGGCGAGACUCGUUCAUUUUUACAAACCACAAUGAAAGAGUACGAGAAUUCAGAUGAAUAUUCAUUUGAUUCAAAUGCGACGACCAAUAACAACAUUCCACGAAAAUCGUUCCACAGCAGCAGCAGUACAGAAAUGAAAAAUUUCGAAUUCGAUUCACCAGACGAUGAUGUAAAUGGUUAUGAUUCGGUAUUCGGGCCGAAAAAAUCGUCACGUGCAUGCAAGGGAAAGCGUUAUAUGGAAUUCAUGAAUGCCCAAAAAUUGAAUGUGAUUGGCAAACGAACAAAACCACGUACAACAUCAGCCUCAUCAUCGUUGUCAUCAUCGCCAACUGAACAAUCCCAUGCUCAUCAUAUGCACUCGCUCAAGAAAUCAAUAAGCUGUUCUCAGGCUGGCCAAAAAUUCGAUUAUGAUCACACAUUCGAUCAUUUGUAUGCAAAUCACAGUGCAAUCAUUUUGCCAUCGACUGCAGCCAUAAAGAAUGAGACUGAUGCCGUUGACAAAUCGAUUGGCAGUGAAAAUCCAUUGUCACCGAACGAAAGUCGAAAAUUCGAUGUUACCGAAUUUGAAUUGGAUCAGAAGAUAAACGCACUGCGUCCUCAUAAUCUCGAUGAAUAUUUGGUUCGAAAGCAAGAUACCAAAAAGAAGAAGAAAGUCAAUGACAAACGUUCAUCGGGCAAUGGAUAUCGUAAAGUUCAUAAGGUUGCCAAAACAAAAGCAAAACCAUCGACAAAUACUGCACACACAGUGACAGCAUUGAAAACAUCUAAAGAGGCCAAAGCACAGCUUGCAAUAGUCGGUAGCCAAAAACGAAAAGCACGCAAAGAGAGCAUUACACGUCGUGAUGUUCAACAAGUCACCGCGUUUGUACAAAGUUUUUCAGCCGCACUGGAACCACAAAAUUUCAUGCCAAUGACAUCGGUGUCGGUACCGAUAUCGAUACCAUUCACCAAUCUUUCACAAAGCACCACAAAUCGAAAUUCGGGUCUUUUAAUGCUGGCCACAAUGGCUGAAGUGGCUGCCGCCAAUUAUGCCGUUUGAUUUUCCGAUCGAAUUUCAAAUGCUCAAAACGUAGAAGAA